AUGUCCCUGGCAACGACGAAUGACUUCAUUCACUAUGCUGCAGGGAAUACUGGGAUGAUUGAUGGAGUGCUGACCGAGACAUGGCAUAAAUAUAUGUUUGAUGUGAUCUGUUUCCCUCGAGAAUUCCGGACUCUUGAGAGAGUCUUCGUUAGAGAUGGAUUAAAGGUUGACUCCGAUAUCAAUUAUUAUGAGAAGCGACUAGUGGCCCGAGAAGAAUUUAGUGAUUUUGAAAACGAUAGUGAUUUUGAUAGACAUGAAGGUGAAGUCUUCAAGACGAUUUACAGUCGAGCAUCCUCCGGACCACUAUCCACGCUCGUUCCACACCGCUGGUUGGUGUCUAUGACAGUCAAAGGAGGCAUUUUUCAUGGUCAAAGGCAACUAAAAGGCGACGUGGACUCAAGUGCAGGUCGAUUUGCUGUUUUCCAGUUGAGAAAUGAAUGUCUGCGGGGUGAUGAACUGAAAAAGGAUCAGGGUCUUUCUGCAAUAGUCAGUAAUGUUCACAAGUUCCUAGAUGAAAGGGGUGCCGAAUUUCCGGGGAAGCCUGCGUCAGAGGCGCAGAUGCUCUCCGAGCAUGCCUUUGCUGUCAAAAAAGAAAGCCCUUCACAGGAGUCCAGUUAUCCUCCUCCAGUUCAUUUCUCUCCACCCGCUGGAGACCCUUUGCAGCCCAUUUAUUCGAAUAUUAGGGACUUGCAGACACUUUCGCUAAAAAUGACAAACCAGCAGCCUUCGUACUACGUUCACGUGACUGUAUCGAGAUUGAUCAGAGGUCAGUCUCAAUAUAUAUAUAUAUCUCAAGCCAACGGGAUGAUCAAUUGCAAGGGAAUCGAGGUGGAAAUUGAGGAUUUACAGGGAGAAACCAUCCCUAUUACGGUAGCAGGCGAUGAUCUAUUACGAUUCUUGUCAUUAAAGCCGAAAAUGUUGGUCCCAGAUCGAUGGCAGUUUAUAGCUGGUUUGGAAAGAGAUAUCAAGAGUACGCUACGGCAGAUGGUGUUCAAGGAUAAAAAAUACAGUAUGCUCAUCAAGAAAACAGGACUGGCCAUCAACUGUAACGGAAACGGUAUCUGUCUACCUGUUUGGCGGUGGAUGUAUGCGGACGAAUAG